AUGAAUGUAUUUCUUAAAAAUCCUCAGCCAUUGGAAGAAGACGUGCUAGUUUGUCUUUUACAGCGUGACGAUCUCCAAAUUAGAGAAGUAGAUCUAUGGAAAUACAUUCUGCGAUGGGCAUUAGAUAAACAUCCGCGGGCGGCCGAGAGUUACGUAGAUGUUGAAACUCUCAGUGAACCGAACAUCGUGGGCAAAGGCAGCGGAAGGACACUUUCAACUGAUGAAUGGGCUUCAGCGCGGAAACUCGUGGAUGAUUAUCAAAGGCCGACGACCUAG